AUCGUUGUGUAAGGAAUGGCCGCUUUCGCCGCCAUUUAUACCGCCUCUAUAUUCCGCUGCCUCGGGAUACCUUUCGCCAUACCGCAUUCCACAACGAGGAGGGUUCCCGCGGUGCUCGCAUUCGUGACGUGGUAUGGAUGCCGAUUUCCGGAGCAAACAAGCUACAGGUGCAGAGCGCGAGUGAGAGCUGAGGGCGAAAACCACCUAUGCAGCUGUGUCUCCAUCUUGCAUGGACAAGCUGUGAUCUGUGGCUCAGCCGACGGUACGUUGUACAGAUCAAGCCAGUCGCACCGAGUCCAUAUGUUUCGAUGAUCGGCCCACCUCAUGCACCGCUCGCUCCAGGGCUAUUGUGCUCCAGGUUGUGAUGGGGCAAGGCAUCAUGUCGGCUUUUUUCUCGUAAGCAGAGACCUG